AUGGUGAAUUGCGUUCCAAGUCGAGAUCUCGGUUUCAAAUCGAGCGUACUCCAGAGAAGUACAACAGAAAGGACGGGGAUGGGUGUUAUUCCAAGCCCUGGAAUCAACGUGGUCGGGAUUCGGAAUCAGAGGAUGCCAAAACGUAUCGUGAGCGUUUGCGCUCACGUAGUCGUGAGCGUGGGCGAAAUAAGAGCAGAGGGAGCUAAGGUGGAGGUCGUGCGUAUUCCGAGUCGUCGGAAUAUGAGGACCUGUAUUGUACAGAUUGCCACUCUCCAAAGCACACGGCAGAAGCUGCCCAGGUUAUGGGGGGUCAGCGGGCGAGGUGUCAAAGAAGAAGUCGCGUCGCAAGUGAAAUGGUGCGGUGGUUUCUGCUAUAGUUGGGGCUAUGCACACGUGGGCACAACCGAAACCUCGUGCGCGAGGAAGAAGUGCGAUGAAGAUUCGCGUCGGCCGUUAAAGCGUGUGACUGGUGGUGCCAACGAGCGUAUUUGUGACGGUGAGGAUGAUGUGAGUUCCACUGAUGCCUCGCACUCGCAGUCCAGCGCUACGAGUUCGGAGUUAGAGGUGACGACUGGAGACAGUGAAUAUCCAGACAUUAUGUAA